CCAGCCCAGCCUUCUUCGGCCCAGAGUCGCCAUGGGCAGCGUCAGCAGCCUCAUCUCCGGCCACAGCUUCCACAGCAAGCACUGUCGGGCGUCCCAGUACAAGCUGCGCAAAUCUUCCCACCUUAAGAAGCUGAACCGGUGUUCCGACGGGCUGCUGCGCUUCGGCUUCUCCCAGGACUUGGGUCAUGGCAAGUCUAGCUCCAAAAUGGGCAAGAGCGAAGACUUCUUCUACAUUAAGGUCAGCCAGAAGGCCCGGGGCUCCCACCGCCCAGACUACACAGCGCUGUCCAGCGGAGACCUAACGGGCCCGGCGGGGGUGGACUUCGACCCAUCCACCCCACCCAAGCUCCUGCCCUUCUCCAAUCAGCUAGACAUGGGCUCUGACAAAGGUGUGGCCAGGCCCACCGCUUUCAAGCCUGUGCUGCCGCGCUCAGGGGCCACCCUACACUCUUCCCCGGAGAGCGCCGGCCACCAGCUGCACCCCGCUCCUCCAGACAAACCCAAGGAGCAGGAGCUGAAGCCCAGCCUGUGUUCAGGAGCACUGUCUGACUCCGGCCGCAACUCCAUGUCCAGCCUGCCCACGCACAGCACCAGCAGCAGCUACCAGCUGGACCCGCUGGUCACCCCCGUGGGACCCACCAGCCGUUUUGGAGGCUCGGCCCACAACAUCACCCAGGGCAUUGUCCUCCAGGAUAGCAACAUGAUGAGCCUGAAGGCACUGUCUUUCUCCGACGGGGGCAGCAAGCUGGGCCACGCAAACAAGGCAGACAAGGGCCCCUCCUGCGUCCGCUCGCCCAUCUCCACGGACGAGUGCAGCCUCCAGGAGCUGGAGCAGAAGCUGCGGGAGAGGGAGGGCGCGCUGCACAGGCUGCAGCGCAGCUUUGAGGAGAAGGAGCUGGCCGCUGGCCAGGUCUACGAGGAGCGGCCGCGGCGCUGCCGGGACGAGCUGGAUGGCGGCGGCAAGCUGAAGCCGGCCUCGCAGAAGAGUCAGCGCGCCCAGCAGGCGCUGCCCCUGCAGGUUCUGCAGCUGCAACAGGAGAAGCGGCAGCUGCGGCAGGAGCUUGAGAGCCUCAUGAAGGAGCAGGACCUGCUGGAGACCAAGCUCAGGUCCUACGAGAGGGAGAAGACCAGCUUCGGGCCUGCCCUGGAGGAGACACAGUGGGAGGUGUGCCAGAAGUCAGGCGAGAUUUCCCUUUUGAAGCAGCAGCUGAAGGAGUCCCAGACGGAGGUGAACACCAAGGCCAGUGAGAUCCUCAGCCUGAAGGCGCAGCUGAAGGACACACGGGGCAAGCUGGAGGGCCUGGAGCUGAGGACGCAGGACCUGGAGGGCGCCCUGCGCACCAAGGGUCUGGAGCUGGAGGUGUGCGAGAACGAGCUGCAGCGCAAGAAGAACGAGGCGGAGCUGCUGCGGGAGAAGGUGAACCUGCUGGAGCAGGAGCUGCUAGAGCUGCGCGCCUUGCCCCGGGAGCCCGUCCUGCCUGCCAUCCCCGAGGAUAUCCCGGCUCUGCAGCGGGAGCUGGAGCGGCUGCGGGCCGAGCUGCGCGAGGAGCGGCAAGGCCACGACCAGAUGUCCUCAGGCUUCCAACACGAGCGGCUGGUGUGGAAGGAGGAGAAGGAGAAGGUGAUCCGGUACCAGAAGCAGCUGCAGCAGAGCUACCUGGCCAUGUACCAGCGGAACCAGCGCCUGGAGAAGGCCCUACAGCGGCUGGCCCGCGGGGAUGGCGCAGGGGAGUCCCUGGAGAUUGACCUAGAAGGAGCUGACAUCCCCUACGAGGACAUCAUAGCCACUGAGAUCUGAGAGGCCACCUGGGAAAGUUAGGCCUGAGGAC